UCAGUGACUGUGCCUUCUCCAUUCCCCGCGGCACAGGAAGCCCAUGGGGAGGACUGGGUUACCCAGGUGGGGAUGGUCAGCUCACUCGAUGGGAAGCCAAAGGGCCAAGCAGCCGUAAGUGGACAUGCCGAAGCCAUCACAGCCCAGUGCUGGGAAAUGAAGAUCUAGGGAAAUGGUAAAUGCCUUCUUAGCAUUUAGAGUCCCCUGGAUGUCAGCAUGGCGGCCACGAACCUGGAGAACCAGCUGCACAGCGCCCAGAAGAACCUCCUGUUCCUGCAGCGGGAGCACGCCAGCACGCUCAAGGGGCUGCACGCGGAGAUCCGGCGGCUGCAGCAGCACUGCACAGAUUUAACAUAUGAGCUGACACUCAAAAGCUCCGAACAGACAGGAGACGGCGCGCCCAGGAGCGGCGACCUGAAGCAGCGGUGCGGAGACCUGGAAGCCCAGCUGCAGGCCCGCGAGCGCGAGCACGGCGAGCUGCGGCAGGAGCUGGAGCAGAAGAACGCCAUGAUCGCCGUGCUGGAGAACACCAUCAAGGAGCGCGAGCGCAAGUACCUGGAGGAGCUGAAGGCCAAGAGCCACCGGCUGAACCUGCUGUCGGGCGAGCUGGAGCAGCGCGCCGCCACCGUCGCCUACCUGACGUCGCAGCUGCACGCCGCCAGGAAGAAGCUGCUCAGCUCCAGCGGGGCCUCGCCGGGCCCCCCGGGCCUGGCCCCCUACAAGCCCGCGCCCCCCAAGGACAAGCUGCCCGAGACGCCCCGCCGCCGCAUGAAAAAGAGCCUCUCGGCCCCGCUGCACCCGGAGCUCGAGGAGGUCUACCGCUUCGGGACCGAGGGCCGGAAGCUCCUUCUGCGCGAGCCCGUGGAUGCCAUGCCUGACCCCACCCCGUUUCUGCUGGCCCGGGAGUCGGCCGACGUGCACCUCAUCAAGGAGCGGCCCCUGGUCAUCCCCCCGAUCGCCUCGGACCGCAGCAGCGCCGAGCACCCCAGCCCGGGCCGCGAGAAGCCGCACAAGGCCCACGUCGGGGUGGCGCAUCGCCUCCACCACGCGAGAGCUCCAGAGGGCCAGUGCUGGGUGUCACCCCGGGACGGGGUGCUCUACGACCCCACCCGGCUGCCUUUGGAGCAGGCUGCCCAAACAGACCGCAGACACCCUGGAGACCGCAGCAGGUUCUCGCCUGGCCCAGGCCCCCGCUCUCCGCUCCCAGGAGUCCCCUCUGCCGAGGACAAGGACAGCAGCCCCUCUCCAGAGGCUCUCCAGCGUUUACUUUUUUGA